AUGCCGGCUCUCUCAGAACUCCCUAACGAGCUGCUACUGGAGAUUUCCCUCCACCUUCACUAUCCUGGUCUCAAUGCAUUCACACAGGUCUGCCGCCACUUCCAUGCUUUGUCAAAUAGGGUGCUUUAUAGAACCAUCGCCAAAGACUCUCCUGGGAAAGCGAUAGCAUGGGCAGCGGAAGAAGGGAAGGAAACCAGCGCGCGGAAACUGUUGCAGAUGUGCGGUACGAAGAUAUUGGACGAUAUUGUCUUUGAAGAGCAAGAACCAAUAGUGAUCGCCGCAUCGAAUGGCCACACCCGUCUAGUCGAAUUAUUCCUGCCUCACUGCAUUCAACACGACACCGAAAAAGAAGGAGAUCUAUUUAAAAGAGCGCUUACUAAGGCUAUUAAAAAAGAGCAUGUUGAGGUCGUCAAACUACUUCUCGAACACAAAACCCACACCAACAGCCUGGACAGACAUGCUGCAAUUCCUUUAUGCAGAGCAGUCAAAAUGGGACAUGUACCAAUUGUGAGGCUUUUACUUGAACACAAUUACAGCAACCUUGAUACAUAUGACAUGCAUGGCAUGACGCCUCUAGCCGUGGCUGCUGCAGCCAAAGCAUCAUCUACAAAUCUGGAAAUCGCCAAACUCUUGGUAGAGGCUGGCGCAGAUUUGCAUAUAGAUCACGGACUGUUACUCAGAGCCGCGAAAUCAAACAACCUCCCCGUCAUAAAGCUCUUACUAGCGAAUAACUUCGAUUGGCGGCGACUAGAAUGGUUCGAUGUCUUAAGUGAAUUCUCUCGACCGAUACGGGAAAACCACGAGGUGGGGGCGUUACUGCUAAGCGGGAUGAAUGUGGAUCGCAUACUGAGUGAUGGCAACGUUCAACGCUGCUUUCUGUUGAGGGGAGCGAUUACCAAUCAUCUUGAUGAUCUACUAGAAAAGAUACUGGAUGAAUGGCCUGUCCUCGAUGAAGACCAUAAGCCAAGCCGAAGGGCAAUCCGUUUCUGUCCUCUGAGUCUGGCUGUCUGCCGUGGCCGGCCGAGCGCCGUCAAGCUCUUACUCGAGCAUGGCGCUGACCCUAGUGGCGAUCUUGACUGCCCACCGGUACAAUUUGCUCUUGAAAAGGGAAAGGAUACAAUGGCAAGGAUGUUAUUUGACAAAGGAGCGACAUUUGAUCCGGAAACGUGUCAUGAGUCGUCUGGAUACCGUCAAUUACUGAAGCUCCGUAUGGCUCGAGUGCAGAGAGUGGCCUAUUAA